UGAUGAAAGCAUGAAUAUAUUUAGGGGACUGUGUGUUGACUUCUACAAUGUGGCCCAGGACUUUGUGCAUGACAAGGAGGAGGCUGAUAUAUUGCGUUCCGCUUUUGUGAGUGCUAAAGUGGCACUUAGCGAACAUCGGGCAAAACAUUCAAAAAGCGUACGCACAAGUGAGUGUCCUGAUGGAUUAAAUGCUUUGCGAAGCCCUCCUCAUGUGGUACCUAGGGGGCGUCCAAGCUUCAAGAGACUCGAGGCGGAUUUGGACCGGAAAAUUAAGAAUGGUACUAAGAAACGUCGAGCUAGUAGUAAACAUACAAAGGAAGUUGCAGCUGUUGAAGGAGACAAACAUUUAAACAAGGCCACCGAGAGACGCAUUACUGCUAGCAAACACCCUAAGCUUUAUUUUAGUGUUUAUUGCUAGAGAGUAUGUUAUAAGUUUUGUAUUUUAUAAUUUAAAUAUCAUUGAUGUAUAGA